AUGACCUCGUUUAAUCCAACCGUCUCGUUGAUUUUUAAGGAUCCGAAUGAAGAUACCGAGUGGAAUGAUAUUCUCCGCGCGAAGGGCAUUAUACCGCAGAAGCCCAAAGAGAAGGAAAUUACCGAAGAUGAGAUUAUCGGCAUGAUCGAAAGUACCAUUGCGGAGAAGCAGAAUGGGAAAGAUUUGUCGCAACUCGAUCUAGACGAGCUGGAUGAGCUGGAAGACUCGGAGGAUGAGGCGGUGCUGCAGCAGUACAGACAGAAGCGCAUAGCAGAAAUGCAGGCUGCCGCUAGCAAAGCCCGGUUUGGAACGGUGCGUGAAAUUUCCGGCCAAGACUAUGUCGAGGAAGUGACCAAGGCAGGCGAGGGCAUCUACGUGGUGCUACACCUGUACAGUCGCGGUGUUCCGCUCUGUGCUUUGAUCAAUCAGCACCUGACGCAGCUAGCCAGCGCUUUUCCGAUGACAAAGUUUGUCCGUGCAAUCGCAACCACGUGCAUCGCGAACUACCCGGAACGAAAUGUGCCGACCAUCUUCGUUUACUACGAGGGCCAGUUAAGGAAACAGUUUAUCGGGGCGGUCGAACUCGGCGGACCGAAUCUAACGUGUGAAGAACUUGAGUAUAUGCUGGGACAAACGAAAGCAAUCGAAAGCCAAAUUAAGGAGGAUCCAAGGGAGUCGAAAAAGAUUAAGGAUAAAAUGUUUGCCGAACUGUCGGACAAUAACGAUUGGUAGGAGAGAGUGUGUUGAGAAUUAGAGACAAAUGUCAGCAUUUUUUCUACAAAAUCUAAUAAAGUUAUCUGCUAUUUAUUGAUAA